CCGGCGGAGCCAGUCCCGCGGUCCGACCGCCGGAGCACGUCAUGGAGACGGAAGCGGCGGUUGGUGGCUCGGCCGAGGCUGCGUUGGCGGGGUCUGGCGCGGAGGCAGCGGAGCCCCUCGUACCGCGUGAGACGGCCAGGGAGGGCGAGGGCGCCGUGGAGUCAGCAACGGCGGCGCUCCCCUCCCCUGACCCGGAGAACAGCGGCAACUGCGCAGACGGGCUCUGGGAGCUGCCGGUAGAGCACGCCCUGAGAAGGCCGCAGUGCAGCCGCUGCAGUCGUCCACAGAAGGUCUGCUUAUGUCCAUUUCUGCCAGUACAUCCUCUAAAUAUCUCUACCAACCUGUAUAUAAUUCAGCAUCCAGCAGAGGAAAACAAAGUAUUACGGACAGUACCUCUGCUUGCUGCAUGCCUUCCCCAGGACAAAGUUAAGGUCAAGAUUGGUCGACGCUUCAGUGAAGAAAGAGAUCCUGAACUUUCAGCUAUUUGCCGAAAUCCUGGCACUUUAAUUUUGUAUCCUGGUGCUGAAGCAAUUAAUUUGGAAGAAUUGAUAUCAAAUUCUCCUAAUCAUCUUUCUACUAUCAUCAUCAUUGAUGGGACAUGGAGCCAAGCUAAAGACAUUUUCUAUAAGAAUUCCCUAUUUCGACUUCCUAGACAGGUGCAAUUGAAAACCAGUGUUUCUAGUCAAUAUGUGAUUCGGACACAACCAACCAAUAGGUGCCUUUCUACACUAGAAUGUGCAGCUGUUGCACUUGCCAUCUUGGAGAAAAAUGAUCACAUUCAAGAGACGUUGCUUCGACCUCUUCAAGCUUUGUGCUCUUUCCAGCUUCAGCAUGGUGCUCAGAUUCGUCUCAGCAAGGAACACCUCUUGAAAAACGGGCUAUAUCCUAAGCCCAUGCCAAAGAAUAAACGCAAACUAAGAAAAAUGGAGCUCUUAAUGAAUAGUGUCAAAAUUUAGGGAAAUUAUCCUUGUGGUGUUAGUAUACAUACAUAUAUAUUCAUUUGCAAUUUACAACACCAAGUACAUUUUUCAGCCUACAAAUAGUUCUGUGAGUUGCUAACUGACUCAGCAAAAGAACUGAGAGAAAUUAUACAAGAAUCUUGUCCAGAGGUGGGAAAUGAAACAAAUAUUGUUUUGUUUUUUCUUAAGAAAAAGUGAUAAUAACAUUAAAAGGCUUGAUUUUAUUUUUCAAAACUUUUAUUAAUUUUUACAACUCCUGUAAUGAAAAAGUUAGUUAUUAUUCUGGAUUAACAGUGUCUGUUCAAGAAAUUACCCUUUAUAAAAAGAAGAAAAUUGUUACAACUAAUUAAGGCAAUAUUGUUUUAGAUAACUGUACAUUUGGUAAAGAUUCAGCAAUGGUGAAGACCUGCAUCAAUUUUUCACUUUUGUAUGGGAACUUUAUAGAUGUUGGUCAGUAGCUUAAAAGCAAACAAAAUCAAGCAAAUUAUAGCAUUAAAAUCUGUGCAUUUUUAUUUUAAUAAAAAUUGUAACACAGUAAGGAAAAUUCAUUUUCCUGCUUCGAAACUUUGACAUAGUUAAUAGUGGGAUUUAAGUACUUUCUUAUUGGGAGAGACUAUAAUUUCAUAUUUUAGGGUUGCAUAUAGUUUUGAAAAUUAAUGUAUAUUUUCAGUUGCAGGCAUUCUCAAUGAGAAAGUUUCUGUUUUUCAUAGUUCUUAGAUUUGUUGCCUGACAAUAAGCCAUGUUUUGUUGAAAUUUUCAUAAGUAACAAAACUAGAAUAAAAAACAUACAGUACUCUCAGUGCCAUUCUUAUGGAAUAACAUGCAUAGCAAUUAGGAUCAUUGAGAUAUAAAGGAUGGAAUUUUUUUUUAAAUCUAAGAGAAAACUCUGUAAGUAGAAAGAAGUUAAAUUCUACAACUUUGGGGAAACAUUUGUGAAAUUUCAUAGAGAAUAUUUGAACUACGUGUUUUGUGAAUUAAAUAUACCACUUAGAUAGGCCAUUAGAAGAAACGUUUAUGUGCACAUUUAUAGGUAACAUAAAUCAUAUGCAAAGGCAUGUGAAUUUUGACAAUAAAACAACAUUGUUUUCUUGUUUC